CCUCCCUCCCCCACCCCCAGCGCGCGCAUCAGCUGGCGGGGGGCGGGGGGAAGGGAAACAAUGCUUCCCCUCCAAGGCCGCGCGCGCUGGGGAGGCUGCCGGCGUUCGCUCCGCUCUGGAAGGCUCCACCCUUGUGACGGGAGCCUCAGGGCUGAGUCAGGGGGGACCCUUCGUAGGAGCAUCGGGUUUAAAAUGAAUCUCAAUCAGGGGUCCUCCGGAUGCAAGUCCCAGGAUUGAGCGGGCUGACUGGGAAUUAUGGAGAUUGUAGUAGAUUACUGUAAUGCAACAUAUCGGGAGGCACAAGGUUGGGGCAAGAGUGUAUCAGUGGCCAAACAGGUUCCAGGCACCAAAUUUAUCUGCCCUUCAUCUCUGUUGGACCCCAGGUGGGCACUUCAAAUUUGGCAGAUGUGGGCGCCAUUCUGAGAUACUGAUGGUGACUCUUCAGAAACAAGUCCAUGAAACAUUUUGUUUGAACCAAAGGUAGAACAAUCAGUAGCAGAGAGAAUUGAUGAACUCUCCCAAAAGAUGGAGACCUUCAGAGAUAAAACUGUAGAUGAAUUGAAAGAACUUCAGGAAAACUCGGAAGAGAUUGAACGGUUGGCAUUGGAGUCGGAUGAGGUCCAGAAUGUACAGUUGCAAAGGGAGAUGGCUCUGGCCACAAACCGUAGUCUCGCGGAGCAAAACCUGAAGUUCCAGGAGCCCUUGGAAACAGGGCGCGCAAACCUCUCCGACAGAUAUCAAGAUCUGCAAAAACUGAUAGAGAGAUGCCAGGAGCAGAAAUCAAAGCUGGAGCAAUUCUCAGCAGCAACAAACCCUGAUACCCUGUUAAAUCUUCUGAAGGUGGAAGGACUCAAAAUCGAAGAAGAAUCUGAGAUGAUGGCUGAAAAGUUCCUGGAGGGGGAGGUGCCUUUGGAGACAUUUCUUGAGCAGUUUUCUACCAUGAGGAAAUUAUCUCAUUUACGACGUGUAAAAGUGGAAAAACUUCAAGAAGUGCUGCAAAAAUCUCAGUCCUUGCCGGAGCCAGCAAAUGAUAAUGAAUUUAACCACCAGUCUCCUUCCCACAUAUCUUCUGGACCUAUAAAUCAGCAGCCACAGAAACGUUCAGUUGGGGAACCAGCCUUUCCUUUACCUUAUGGUCUAUCUCCUUGUGUUCCAACAGGCCCUUCAGCUUAUGGGGCUCUCCAGCCAGGCCCCUUUGGAGGAGGACCAGUUACAGUGGGACACGUUGCCUCCUCUCAACCAAGUGCCCAGCCCCCAUUUCCAUAUAGACCACCCUCAGGUCCUGGAUACCCAUCUGUUCCUCCAAGUAAUCCCGUACCCCAGCCUCAGACAGGUGACCUGGCUUCAUCCAGGUACUCUUGGUCUCCAUCCAGAACAUCGUCUUCUGGGCCAGGGUAUCCACAGCCUUCUCUCAGGGCUCCAUCAGUAGCACCAGGAUUUCCUCAGUCUAUGCAGCCUCCCUAUUUUCCAUCAGGAGGAAGGCCACAAUGUCCUUAUCCCACUCAACCUUCAGUGGCUGGCUUCCCUGUUCCCUCCCAGCCUCCAUAUCCUCCAGGUCCAGGUCCAUCUUUUGGGUAUCAGCCACCACCUCUUCCCCCUCGGGGCCAUACUUGGUCUGGAUAUUAGACCAGCUUUCCAGGCAGUAUUUUACAUGGUAGCUGAUGAAAUGAUGUCUUGCUAGCUAAUGAGCCCCAAGAUGAAAAUAUGGGAGGGUCAUCCUGAGAAACAUACUAUACAUAAGCAUUACACUGAUGGAAUAAAUGAUGGAAUAAUACUGUUAAGAGCUGCAAAGGAAGGCCGCCGUUUGGUGGUUCUGCUUGUAAGUUUAGUGAUGGUAGGCAGCCUUAAUGGAAUCAGUAUUGACCAAACAUUCAGUUCAAGCCAUAGUAUAAAAUACAUACAAAGACCCAGAGCUCUUAUCAGGGCACUGUGCUUGCUAAGCUCUUUAAGGAAGACUUAAUUGACAGCAACCUGGAUCUGGUUUUGUGUAGGGACGUGUGUAUGCGUGUGUGUGUGUGUGUGUAGUUUUCUAAUUUAGUAUAUUAGAAUAUAUUAAAAAGUUCUAUAAGCCUAUAUUCCUACAAAGAAUCUGAUGGAGAAAUCAGUAAAGCCUUUCUGAUGUAAAACAUGCUUUCUAAAGAAGAAGUCUAAGGUUUUCUUGGCAUUAGGAAAUACCUCCUUGACAGUAAUGGUAUGUUUGCUAACUGCACAAAGAAAGAAAGGAAAGGAAAAGAAAGAAAAAGAAAAAGUCUUCACCUACUAGUAGCUACAGCAGAUUACCAAACAUUUGCUGCUGGAUGUUCCCAUAUGGAAGCUUUGGAGAACCCUUGUCAAUCUAAGGGAGCAUGUUUCUUCAUAGAACUGCGUUAACAAUGGAUGAGGUCAGCACCAAAAGCCAAAACUAGUCUGCUCCGUUAUGCUCACCGUCCACCCAUUUUGCAAUUUGUGGCGAGAGCUUCCACAGAGUCCACAAGGUGCUCCUCUCAUCCCACACUGCAAUCUGCCAUUGAUUGGAUUCUCAUCUUUCUUCUGUAACACUUAAGUAACUUUGCACUUUCUUGAUUUCAUACCAUCAAGCAAGACUUGCCAUGACUUCUUCAGUCCAUAUGCUACCCUUUGAAUAAUUGCUCUGAUUUUGUUUGACCUAAGGAACUUGUGAUCUUGGCAAUGCUUGGCAGUUGGCUAGCAUUAUAGACUAAUAGAAAGCCAAAUCACUAUGCAUUUUUUAUAUUGGGGAAUAAAUGAAGUAAUGUCCUACCUACAUUAUUAAGUGUGACAACCUUCUCAGGAAUUUGGAUUUGUAGCUUCCAUCAUAUCCAGAUCCUUUUCUUUAAUAAUCUUUUAAUUUUACAGAGAAUGUAGGAAACAGGCAUUUCCCUUGUUUUUGCUCAUUGUUCCACUUCGGUUGAGAAGAAGAAACACUGGCUGUCAAUUAAUAGAAUGCAAGAGAUGUAAUGGAAAACAAAAUAGUUUUGCUAAGCACUUUAUCCUCUUGCUUGUCUGUAAUUUAUUUUUUAAAAACAAACAAUAGAUUUGACUGACUUUCAGACUUGAUGGAAACAAUUGCAUAUAUGUAAUUGAUUAGGGUAAUAAAAUUUGAUGAACUGCUUAAAA